AUGGACCAUUGGGAUUUGGACACACAGCCAACCCGAUUGUGGCCCACGCAUGUGCGGAAUACUCGCUCUACGAGGCCCUCGGCCCGACAACGGCUGGUGGUGCACAACGCCCAUGCCGCCCUGUCCAUGAAGGUCACUAUCUCCUCAGACAGACGGCAGGACCUCCUGCCCAUCGAGCCAAACUACCCCCACAAACGCUGGGAGCCACCAAACUUCGGACCCUAUCUGCCAGACAAUCCUCUGUUGGGCAGCAUCAGGACAAACGGUACCGACUUUGUUGCCCUCCUUGUCCUUGCCAACUGGCCUAUUGGCGCGCCUGCCGACCGCUUCAACACCCACGACUCCCUCCUCUCGGCUCCAGCAAACUGCCUUGAAGACACAAAGGAUGGUGGCCCAUCAAACUCCCAAACAACCUCCAACCACCUUCGUCGACUGGCAUCCUGGCGCCUUCUUCACCAAGCCUGA